UUGAUGAGAUUUUUAUUACAAACUGCAAGAUAACUGUAGAAGAAUUGGCAAGAUUUUGUGCUUCAAAACCAGUCACGCGCGUGCGCGCGCACACAAAAAAAUAGUAGAUAGUGUGUGUGUGAGAGAGAGAGAAAGUGUGUGUGCGAGAGAGAGGGCGAGGGGGCAGAGGGAAAAUAGUACUGUGAGAUGUCUUAAAUUGAGGUUGCAGAGGGGUAGUUGCAGUGGCUGAAGGCGGCGUUUGCAGGGGCUGCGACUUUAAUGCCUCAAAAACGAAGACAGAAUUGAAUUCAAGAGAGAGUGGGAGCGAACGAAUUCAUCUUUCCAUUCCAUUUCUUGACCUAAAAUUCCUGAAAUUUGUCCUCAAAAAGCUGCUAAAAGAGAACGAAACCCCAAAAAAUCACAGUCAGUGUGUGUCAGUGAGCAGAGUUAGCAGCACAAAACACUCGCACACUCAAUACACAUAUACUGUGGUACGAAUACUAUGUAGUAUAAUCAAGAUUGCGAAUUUACAUAUUAACCCAGUAUCUCUCACACACACUGGCUACGCUGGGGUUAUCUGGCUAUGGAUUUUGUUGUCUUAAAAUUGAAGUUAGACGUAGAUUGUAGGGGUGGAAAAUGUCUGGGUUUUUCUCACUAGGUGGUAAGGAUCAAUCACAAGAACAUAAUCAAGACGCUAACAAUAGCUUGUUUCUGUUUAAGAACGAAGAGAUCUAUAGCAAGGGUUUUGAGCUAUGGCAACAGUACUAUCAGUUGCAUCAACAAAAGGUUCAGCAAAAUCAUCAGGAUGUGGAUUUCUCAGUUGGACCCAGUAGUAGGAGUAAUAAUAUUCCAGGUGAUGACUCUUCAAAUUAUAGUAAUAGAUCAGGAGGGUUUAGGGUCAUGAUGAGGCAAGGAAGAGGCGGUGGAGAGGGCAUGAAUUGCCAAGAUUGUGGUAAUCAGGCUAAGAAAGAUUGCCCACAUCUUAGGUGCCGGACUUGCUGUAAAAGUCGAGGAUUUCAGUGCCAAACCCACGUUAAGAGCACCUGGGUUCCGGCUGCUAAAAGGCGCGAGAAGCAGCAGCAGCUCACGACCUUACAGCAGCAGGUGCAAGAUCAACACGAGUUAACACUCAGAGGGGUAAUUCCGAAGAGGCAGAGAGAGAAUCCUGGUGGUGGUUCUUCUUCUCUUGCCUGCACUACUACUCGUUUACCCACCGCCACGUCAGGGUUUGAGUUGGAAAACUUUCCAGCAGAAGUGAAUUCUUCAGCUGUUUUUCGCUGCGUAAGGGUGAGUGCAAUGGAUGAUGCUGAGGAGGAAUAUGCCUACCAAACGGCUGUCAGUAUUGGAGGCCAUGUUUUCAAAGGAAUUCUCUACGAUCAGGGUGCCGAAAGCCGCUAUCCUGGGGAGAGCUCCCCCGGCUGUGGCGGAUCCCAACAGCCACUUGAUCUCAUUACGGCCCCUGCAGCUACCACUAGCCAACAGGGUUUGACAAUGCUUGAACCUUCUAUGUACCCAACUCCUCUAAACUCUUUCAUGGCCGGUACGCAAUUCUUCCCACCACCAAGGCCAUGAGAAAGCUAGUAUACAUAGCAUUACUACGUACUCGUUUAAAAGGGGAGUUAGACACUAAAAUCAUGGUGCUGGAUAAUUAAAAAAUAUAUACAUUUGUCGCCCGAGAUUUCAGUUAAAGUAAAUGUCCAUUUGUUAUGUGCCCUACAAAAACACUGGGGAUGUUUAAUUCUUGUUCGAAUUUCAAUUAUGAUUUUGCUUUAUGGUUAAUUAUUAAUGCUGUUUAUGUUAUCGAUAACCCUUUUUUGUGUGCUUUUGGAACGGCGGUGGUAUUUGUGCAGCAUUUGGAUAAGCGUAUUUUACAUGUUUUAUGUUGAAAAAAUUAUUGUAUAAA